ACAGUGCGGAGUGUGUUCCCUAAUGUUUAUUCUCUCACCUUUUCCCAGCGCAUCCCCGGAAAGUAUCAUCUGAUCCAGACUCACCUACCACUAGUUCAGGGUCAAAGAAGAACGAUCGCGAUGAAGAUCUACACGUAGCUCUUUGCACAUGUCCUCUUGUGUCCUUCACCUGUAAAAAGAGCAUAGGAAGCGGUUUCCAAAAACAGUUAGCCAUUGCUUCCAAUCGCCAGUGGAUACAUUGUGGUUGAAAAACCGUAUGUUUUUCAGGUGCUGGUAUUCGUUGCAGGUAGAAACAUGGCCAACAAUCUUAUUGUUCCCCUUGUACUGUCGGCGGUGGUGACGCUCGCGCUCCUCAUUACUGUUCAUGUUGUUCCAAAGUGGUAUGAACAGUCGCGAACCGACAGUACUGUUAUCCGAAAACUCGACACCGGGAUUUGGCGAUUAUGUGACGAGCUGAACGUGCCGAUAGUUGGUUUCAGCAGCAGGGCGUGCAAAGCGUUCGACAUCACAACACGGAAGAUACAUGUAUACCGUGGCGUCCGUGCUGCUCAGGCCUUCGCCAUUAUUGCCACAGUUUUCGCAGGUCUAGGCUUGAUCAGCACCCUGAUCAUUGAGUUUGACAUUACGAAGGUUGUACUUCUGAAGCUGCCGCGCAUCUUCUUCGCUGUAUCCGGUUUUGCGAUUGCCAUUGCCGCUCUCAGCUUCGUGGCCUUUAUCAGCCAGGAUGGCGAGGAUGGCGAUUUUGACACUUCUCGCCAUGGCUUCCGGGUCACAAAUAAGUACGGUGCCAGUUUCAUCAUUGCAUGGGUCACGCUAGUUCCGGCCUACGUAGCAGGCUUGCUGGCGCAUUUCCAUCAUUCUGCAAAAGCUGCUGCAGCCUAAUCAUUUAUGGGCAAUAUAAAAUUAUUCUAGUUUCUCGCUCGGCUAAUCGCCUGUAUUGCUGUUGUAGAGGAAGUCUAUAUUUGUGCAAAGAUUUGUAGUAGGCUACUAGCGCUGAUUGUCGCUGCUACCUUUUCUGCACAUGUGCAUGUACAUUGCAUACACGUCAUGUACAUGUACAUGAAAAUACACACAUACGUGACUAUUUACAUGGCCAGGUUUUGAGUGAUGGAAAAUAACGUUCAAUUUGUUCAUUGCAAACCAAUCUCUGCUGCUUCUUGUGUCAAAAUCAUUCUUUUCCCUCAUUCCUUCCCUCAACGUACGAAUACCCAUGAAUAUCCAGCAAUAUAAUUAUUUGAAUUGUUCUUGAUCGUUAGUGAAUUUAUUCAUUUUAUAUUUUAAACAAGCGUUUCGCAGGUAGCAGUUUUAAUAUACAUGUACAUGUAGAUACCAGGAGGACUAAUUGUACUGCUAGUAUUUCCUACAUGUACAUGUAUAGUGUGCAUGUGCAGUCAACUUCGCUUAUAACGACACUCGGCGGGGCAUCAAAAAAGUGUCCUUAUUCGCGAAGUGUCGUUAAACCCGAAGUCUCAUUAUAUGUAUUACAGUUGGGUGGAACUUUGCUCUGGGCAUGGACAUUCUGUCGUUAUUCGCGAAUUGUCGUGAUAUCCGCAGUUGCUGUUAGCCAAGUUGACUGUACAUGUAUGUUAUGUGUAAAAUGUUAUACUUCUUCAAGUACGAUGAUC